AUGGCCAGGCCAAGGCCGGCGAUCCUCCUAGCGACGUGGUGCCUCAUCCUCCUCCGGAGCUCGUCAGCCCCAGCGGUGCCUGCACUCCAACCACCGCCACCACCAUCAGCACCGGGAGGCACCCUCUGCAUCCCCCGCGAGCGAGAUGCGCUUCUCGCCUUCAAGGCCGGCCUCACCGAUCCGAGCAACUACCUUUCGUCGUGGCGGGCCGAGGAGGACUGCUGUCGAUGGAUGGGCGUCGGGUGCAGCAACCGGGCCGGCCAUGUCAUCAAGCUCCAGGUCAACAGCUACGGAGCCAUCGGAGGUGAGAUAAGGUCCUCCUUGCUCACUCUACGACAUCUCAAGCACCUGGACCUCUCGUCCAACGACUUCGGUGGGAGGCCUGUCCCUCAGUUCAUCGGCAGCUUCAGCGGCCUGACGCAUCUCCUCCUCAACUACUCAUCUUUCGGUGGGCGAAUCCCUCACCACCUUGGGAACCUUUCAAAUCUAGUCAGUCUUGACCUCUCGAGUCAAUUACCAGGUUGUUACUCGCCUGAUCUUUCAUGGCUGUCGAGGUUGCGGAAGCUGCAAUACCUCGCCAUGUCCACGGUGGACCUUAGUGCUUCCAUCGACUGGACUCAUGCUGUCAACAUGCUUCCCUCUCUGGUAACCCUUGAGCUAGCAAAUUGUGGUCUUCGUAACAUUAUGCCUCCACCGUUGCACUCCAACCUCACAUCACUAGAAACCCUCUACCUCGAUUCCAACUCUUUUAACUCGUCCUUUGGAGCCAACUACUUGGUUUGGGAUCUACCUGCUCUCCAAGUUAUGUACAUGUAUAACUGUGGAAUCCAGGGUCCUAUACCUGACGCAGUUGGAAAUUUGACCUCCAUUCAGUCAUUGUUCCUUAGCGAAAACAACUUCUUUGGCAUGGUGCCAUCGACCUUCAAGAAACUCAAGAGACUACAAGUGCUCCGUCUAUCGAAAAACUUCAUUAGUGGAGGCACAGAAGAUCUAUUUUAUAGAUUGCCAGGGGAUGAGCUACAGGAGUUGUAUUUGGACCACAACAAUUUGACAGGGACUCUUCCAGAUCGACUAGAACAAUUCAGCAGCUUGUCCACACUUUGGCUCAGUAACAACAAGCUAUUCGGAGAGAUACCUGUUGGUAUACAAAAACUCACGUGUUUAGUGGACUUGUGGUUGGACUCAAACAAUCUGCAUGGUAUAGUGACCCAAGACCAUUUCACGAAUAUGACGAACCUGCGAAAUUUGUGGCUCUCUGGUAAUUCCGUAACUAUGUUGGUCAACAACACAUGGAGCACUCCAUUCAGCUUAACUUCAGCGGGCUUUAGAUCUUGCAUCCUAGGCCCCCAGUUUCCGGCAUGGAUUAUCCAACAAACACUUGACACUCUUGAUAUUUCAAACACAAGCAUACAUGACUCCAUUCCUGCUAGUUUUUGGUUUGGAAUGUACCGUUGUCAAGUUCUGGACCUAUCGGAAAAUCAGAUCUUUGGCAUGCUUCCCACAUAUUUUCUGUUUGGUGGAAUGGAAGCUGUUAUACUGGAUAUUAGUGCUAACCAGCUCGUUGGCCCGAUUCCAACACUCCCAAUGAACCUCCGCUUGUUGGACCUCUCUGGGAACAACCUAUCCGGUGCAUUGCCAUCAGAUAUUGGAGCACCCGCGCUAGAAAUACUCAUGCUCUUCAAAAAUUCUUUUUCUGGGAUCAUUCCAUGCUCCCUAUUUGAGUUGCAAAAUUUGCAGUUUCUAGAUCUAUCAGAGAACCAACUAAAUGGGACAUUGGCCAAUUGUCUCCGUGCACCCAAAACUUCAAACGUGACCAUGCUUAACUUGAAUAACAACAAUCUUUUGGGAGGAAUCCCAUCGUUUCUUCAGAGGUGUAAAGAGCUAAAAUUCCUUGAUCUCGCAUACAAUGGAUUUUCUGGUAGCUUACCAACAUGGAUCGGAUCAAAGCUACCAUACUUGGCAUUUCUGCGGCUGAGGUCAAACAUGCUCUCUGGUGGUAUUCCUAGUGAACUGACUAGGAUGAACGGGCUUCAGUAUCUAGACAUUGCAAGCAACAACAUCUCAGGGAGCAUACCACUAUCACUUGGGAAUCUCAUAGAUAUGGCUCAUACUCCCGAUCAAGAAGGUGUUCUUUUCAAAAUCGUCCACUUUGGGGUGGUUUCCGUAUACAAGUACACUAAUGCUUACACUGAUAGUUUGUCGGUGGUCACAAAAGGUCAGCAGCUUGAAUACACAACAGGAAUCGCGUAUAUGGUAAACAUUGAUUUUUCUUGCAACAGUUUGACAGGGAAGAUUCCUCAUGAAAUCGGCAUGCUCACUUCAUUGACAAACUUGAACCUGUCAUGGAAUCACCUUAGCAGCACAAUCCUUGUGACUAUUGGGGAGCUACGGGCACUGGAAUCUUUGGACCUCUCACGCAAUGAGCUCUCUGGUCAAAUCCCGAUGAGUAUGGCAGAUCUAACUUCACUUGCCCACUUGAACUUGUCUUACAACAAUCUGACAGGAACCAUACCUCCUGGCAAUCAGUUACAAACUUUAGAUGAUGCGUCAAUCUAUGCUGGCAAUCCAGGUCUUUGUGGUCCGCCUGUAUCAAGGAACUGCUCGGGAACGGAAAUCACUCCAUGGACUCUCGGAAAUCAGCAUGAGGGCAUGAGUGAUGCACUGUCAUUGUACCUCGGCACUGGCACGGGAUUCGUAGCAGGUCUCUGGAUCAUCUUCUGCGGCUUCUUAUUCAAGAGGAGCUGGAGAAUUAUGUGGUUCUCAUUCUUCGACCGCGUGUGUGAUUGGGUCUACGUGCGAGUGGCGGUGAGCUGGGCUUCAUUCACAAGAGAAGAGCAGUAG